AUUCCCCAUUUUAAAUCUUUCUUUAGUAACAAAAUAUCUACUAAUGCUUGAUUUCAAGUUAAUUAAUAAAUAUUAGCGAUUCAUUGACAGAAUGACUGAAUCUUACUCUUUCUAUGUAACUGCUGGAAGAGGAACAGAGAUUUUUGUUGAAAAGGAAAUUCGAGAAAAGCUUAAAAUUACUAGUGUAAGAAUAAGUGUUAGCUAUUUUUGAUUAGAAAUUAGAGACUGAUUAGCCCAAUUUUACUUAAAAUAAAGUAAAAGUUAUAAUAAUAAAGACAGUCUUAGUCUAAGACAGUAGACAGUAGGCCUAUAUGUUAAGUUAGUAAGUAACUAGUUUUAUUUUAACUUUUAACUAGCAAGAUUUAGAUAGAAAAGUCAUAUAUUAUAUAUUUCGUAGGGGCCCUUUCAAACCAGAUUCGAAAGGAGAAUAUAUUUUAAAAUUAAUUUUAGGGCAUUUAGGGGGUUACAGUGUCUGAGUGAGUUAUAGUAGGCCAUAUUAAUAUUAUAUUAUAUACUAUUAUAGGGCCUUAUAUAUAUAUAUUAUAAUAAUAAUAUUAUAUUAAUAUAAUAAAUAUCAUAUAUAUAUAAAUAAUGUAAUUAAUAAUAUAGCUAGGCAUAGUGCAGGCCCGCACCUAGAAAAUUCUGGGCCCCAGGCAGCUGACAGUGACAGAAUUCGGUUAUCUUUCGUAUUUUAAACAUGGGACAUGUGCAUAUAUUUUAAAACUUGAAAAAGGGCGGGCCCCUGACAAGUGCCAUGGUUGUCCCCCCUAGGUGCAUGCCUGUAUAGGGCAUAUUAUAAUUUUCUUUUGUAUGCCUAUUCAGUAUUUCACUUUUUGUGGUGAAAGACAAAAUACAGUGUGUCUAAAUGGUUGUUCAAAUUAUGUAGGCCUACAUUUAUCAUCAUCAUCACCAAAAUUAUGUAUGAAAAUCCAAGUCCAAAUGCUCCUGCUUUAAAAAUAUAAUUCUGAAGCAUAUUUUUGAUUUAAGUUAAGAAUUUUAGACCAAUUUUUUUUUCUUUCUUUUUCUGAAUCCUUAAGGUUUUCAAAAGAGAUGGUAAAGUCUUCAUGGAAGUCUCACAGGAAAAACUGAAGGUGGAUCAGAUUUUAGCCCUAAAGUCAGUGGAACGUGCUUUUAUAGCUAUAACUGAUUAUGAUAAUCAGAAUUUUAUUACAGGUAAAGCAAAUAUAUGCAUAACAAAAGAAUAUAUUGCAUCAAAUCCAAAUGUUUUAUAUUUUAAUGAAAUAAAAUCUCUGUCACAGUAUAAAAGCAGAAUUAAAAAGAAAAUAAUUGAUAAAUACUUAUCUUUAAUUAUCUCUUUCAGAUAAAAGGACAUUUUUGGACAAAUUGAUGAAUGAAAUAAUUACUACUAACAAUUUUAGCAAAGCACUCACAGUGCUGAAACAAUUCCACUUGGUGCUAACCAGAAAGAAAUGUCCUCAUCAAAAUGAGCAUGCUACUGAGAACAUACAGCCAAGGCAAUCAAAUGCUGAGAGUUUAAAUAAAAGUGAAAAAAUCAUCUCAGAGGGCACAGAUCAAUGUGGAAGGUGCAUGAGAAAAAGAGAAGGAAAAGCUCAGGAUGAACCAAGGGAAAUUGCUUACUUUCCUUUAGAGAAAAGGAAGAAAAUGGAAUCACCACAAGGCACAACUUCAGUAGAUUUCACUACUGCGGCAUCCAUACAAAAAGUGUCAAAUAAUGGAUUUUUAAAUGUACAGCCUAGCUCUGAAACUUUAUGUACCGGUAUUAACCCAGCAAACUUGAAUGAAGAGUCAAGAGCAGUGAUAGAAAACAUCAAGAGUUUGUCAACCUUUAGAGUUUCAGUCAAGUGCUCUGGAAAAGUCAAAAGAUGGUUGGAUUUGAAGGUUGUUUGAAUUUGAAGUAAUUUAUUAUUAAUAUUAGAAAAAUGUUAUACAAAAAUGGAAUAGUUAAAAAGGAUGCUUUCUAGUACAAAAAUAUUUUAAUUUAACAUAAAAUAUAGAUAGUGUGAGAAUUUUUAUUUAAUUCUAAUUUAGAGACUGUCAAAAGAUAUUGGAUGGAGGGUGUCAAAAAGAACAGGUUGGAUAGUGGAUCUGCAAUCACCGGAACUGGAGGUAUCUUAAAAAAUAGGAUUUUUGAUUAUUGAAAUGCAAUGGAAAAAAAGCAACCCCAAAAACAAAGUUUUUCGUAUUAAACCUUUAUAUGCAUUUUUGUGGGACUUAGGGACGGCUUCAUUUCUUAUGAAAUCAUUGCAUCAUAUUUCCUUCAUCUUCCCCUUGAAAAAAAGAUUUUUGGGCAUGCGGCUGAAAAUUUGAUAGAAUUUGUUGUUAUCAGCAACAAGUCUAUGUGCCAAGUUUCAGCUCGAUAGGGCGAUGGGAAGUGGAUCAAUUAGCCUUCCGAAGAUUUUGCCACAAAGAAACACAAAAGCGAAGUUAAUAUUAAGGAAUUAAAAAAAGCUUUGAAUGAUAUGUAAUGACAGGGAAAAUUCAUGUUUAACAAAAGCGUGGUUCAUCCCAAUAUAAAAUGAGUAAAACAGUAGGGUUAAACCUGAAAAAGAAACACAACAAAACAACGAACGUGUCGGCACAAAGCCUUCAUCAGCGAACAAAACAGAAAAAACGGUAUAAAAAUAAGAAGUAUUACUUAGCUUGGACGUAGUAACUGUGGGCAGCAAAAGAAAUGUCACAUUUCACUUUUUUUUUCUGUUGUUUUGUUUGCUGACGAAGGCUUUCUGCCGACUCGUUCGUUGUUUUGUUGCGUUUCUUUUUUCAGGUUUAGUCCUACUCUGUUUUACUUAUUUUAUAUUGUGCUAACCUGAUUGCAGUCUCUCCCCUUAUUACCCUUGGUUCAUCCCAACAGGCCCAACUAUUGUAAUGGCAGAUAUAAUUUGAAAAACCUUUGUUAGGAAUAAAAUAUGAGAGCAAAGUGGUUUGCUGUUUCUUUUAUUCAGCUAAAUACAUAUGGCACAGAGGCAAUUUUUUUCAACAUUGAUUUAUCAGCAAGGUGCUUUAACUAAACUCUUUAAAUAGAUUUUCAAAGUGAGUUUAGAAGCACCGUGACUGGUGUUAAAAUGAAGCAUCAGAUUAAGCCCAUGAUAGAAUUCAAGAACAAAAUAUUGUCAUCAUUCACACACAUCCUAAUUUAGGUUUUGCAUUUAGUCACAACAACACAAGUUUGAAUCUUAAAAUUGGAAUAAUAUGUCAUUUAAUAAGUUAAAUAUUGUUCAAAUUUAAAAUAUUUGAAAGCAGUGUGUUUAGAAGUAGUAGUCUAUUAGCUUAACCAUCUCAAGGUGCUUUUUUCGUUUUGAUAGGUUUGUGUUCACAUUAGUGAUGCCAAUGUCACUGCUGGGAUUCCUUUGACCAGGUAUUGUGAAGCUAAAAAUGUUUUUAGUUUCCGUUUGUUUAUAUGACAUAGGCUGUUAUUGGGCCCUGAUUAUUUGGAUUUAACAAAAAUUAGUAAGAUGCAAUGCUGUGAGUUGAAUUUUAAUAUCAUACUGUGUUCUAAGCUAAAUAAAUGUACCAUGUCACCCAAUAACUCAGUCCUUGUGCCCCGACAGCACAAGGUAAUCAAUAGCCAAGGAACUCCACUUAUCUGUAGCCUGUUAAUCCUGCAGGGUUAGAUUUCUAUUCUACAGAUUAGCUCUUCACUGGGAUUUUAAGUCUUUAGCAGUUAAGUUUUCCCUGAGCAGUCUUGUCAAACAUAUUGAAUUCUAAAAAAGCUUGUCAAAUGUGAAGGUUACCUGUUUUUUAAUAAUAAAAUGCUGAAUCUUUGAAAGCCAUUGCAACAUAUUUUUAUAAUGAUUUGACAGAAUGAUUUUUGACUAAUUUAAGGUUUUGAUUUUGUUUAGAUUUCCUCUGUCCAAAAGGGAGUAUUUAGUAGAUUCAGGCCUAAGAGCACCCAUUGCAUGGAUCAUGUGUCAUCUUGCCAACAUUAAGGUAGAUGUAAUGAAACAAUUUGACAAAUAUUUCUGGUCUUCCAUUUCACCAGUUUGGUUUUAAAAAGCAUUUCAAUUUACUUUUGUUUUCAGGAGAUCCACUUGUUAUUCAUUCAUUCUCAGUGUUGAAAAGCACAUUUGAUUGUAGAUUUUUAAGCAGGCUUUAAGAAUGUAUCCAUUAAACCAACACAUUGAUUUCUUGUUGUAACUUAGUUAAACUAAUUCUUUUGUUUGUUUGUAAAACUGGAAGCCAGGAGAAAUAAUACUAGAUCCAAUGUGUGGCAAAGCCACCAUACUGGUAGAAGCAUGCACAGAAUUCCAGGUAAGCUAAAAAAAAACAACAACCAAGUAAUAGAGUGAAUUAAAAUUAGGCUAUAGCUGAAUAAGUUUUGGAUGCACCAAAAUCUUUAAAAAAAAAAUGUGUCUGUUAUUUUGUGAAUCUUUAAGUUUUGUAUUUCCCUUUGUAUGAUGUCUGUAUUUAAAGAUAUCUGUAUUCUAACAUAUUGUAAAUCAGUUGUCUUUGUUUUUUUCCAGGCAUCUUACAUUGGUAGUGAUUGCGACGGUGACCAGUUAGCUGCAGCUAUUCAGAACGUUGACUCACUAAGAUUACUAAUGAACAAUGUAUCUCUUGUUAAAUCUGAUGGACUUGGUGGGUUGAAAAAUAAACUUAAAUAUCUGUGGAAGUCUAAUAAGUGAAGAAAUGUGGUAUCCACAAAAUAAUUAAUUCUCAUGUCUAUUUUUGACUUUACCUUUUAAGAUUAUCAACCCUCUAAUGCAGGCCUGCGCAACUUAAAAUGUAAGGCGGACCGUAAUACUGUAUGAAAAACUUGUGCGGGCCGUAACACUUUAUGAAAAACUAGUGCGGGCUGAAAGAUGAUUGGACAGGGGGGGCGAAAGCAUUUAAGAAAACAAUAAUAAUAAAGAAUAUUUCGUUACUUCGCGGGCCGCAAAGUGGGUGCUGGGGGGCCACAUGCGGCCUGCAUGUUGUGCAGUACGUAAAUAGGGCUAAAUUGAAUUUUUAACCUACAAUUUGAAUUUAAAGGCCUAAAAUGGCAGCUAAAUUGAUAUUCAGACUUCUAUGAGGCUGCAUUAAGACACCUCCCCCCAACCUCUCAUUAUUGGGUGGGGGGGAUUAAUACAUUUUAGGUGAUUAGGUUGGGCUUGGAGAAAAAAAAGCUUGGGUAGCACUACUGUAAGUAUAUUUGCGUUGUGGCGCCGCCCCCCGCAGAUUUUUGGUUAGUCCAUCAAUUUAAUUAAGUCACAGAAUUACUGUUGUCAUAUCUAGCAAGUGUAAACACAAAGCAAUAGUAUGACCAUAAAUACAAAACAUGUGUGUAAUAUAUUUAGGUGGCACUUCGAUUUAUUAGAUAUUAGUCUGCCAUGAUAAUUAUUAAAUGUAGGUACUUUCUGCAGAUCCCUUCCUCUCACGCCCUACGAAAAAUCUCCUUAAUCAACACACACACCCAAGUGCGUAUGUAAUCAAUAGAUGGACCCAUAUCAUACUACUUUAGACUAUUAAAUCUAGUGACUCUUUAUAAUCUUUAUACUUCCUGGCAUUUUGCACUGUAAAUUGCUGUAUGCGCUUGUGAAUCGGCACCUCUGGAAGGGGGGGGGAACAACCCAUAAUGUAGAUAAACCUAAUAAAAAAAAGCCUUUUUUUUUUCAGAUAUGCCGUACAGAGACAGCUGUGUUGAUAUUGUCAUGUGUGAUGCUCCUUUCAACAGAAACCACAAAACAUCUAUUGCAGUUGAUGAAUUCUACUUCAAGUUCAUUCAUGAAAUAGACAGGUAGCUGUCCCUCUUUCAUCUCACAUUAUUAAGUGUUUGGUAAAACUUAAUUAAAAUAAAAGCUCACUGGCUAGGCGACAAAAAUAAAAAAAAAAUAAACAAAUUAUAGUACUUGUUUAUUUUAUUAACAAAACUGUUGCCCUAUUUGGAUAUUUCAGAGUACUUGCCCCACAAGGUCGAUGUGUGCUUCUCACUAAGCAAGAUCUGAAAGACUUAGUUAUUUCAAUAGUCAAUGGAAACUUAUCUGAUGAUUCUAAGAUACGAACUUGUAGAGUAAAAGCACCUGUUCAUCUUAGCGUGGCUUCCAUAAAUUAUAUCAAACUUGGUGAAACUCAUGCAUCUAUCAUUGUUCUGAAUAAACAGUAAUAUUUCCCACCGUUAUCUCUGUAUUUGGACAAAAAAUUAUUUAUUUUACAAAUAAAGAAAAAACAUCAGAUCAACAAAAUUUGGUACACAUGACAAAGUAAUUCACCAUUGUUCAUAUUUAUUACCCUUAUUAAGCAAACAUGGUGAGAAAUGGAAAAUUUAUAUUUUUCUUGUUGCUACUUUAAAAAAUCUGUGAGUGAGCUAUUUGUCUUAUUAAUGAUUUCUUGUUUUUGUCCCAGUUGUCAGUUUCUAAAAACCUUUUCAACCACCAAAUUACCCUCAAAUAGUCACAUUAGAGAAGCCUGGAAUAUAUCUGAAAGAUACCAUAAUUUUACAAAGCCAAGGUAAAGAAAAUAUAUUUCUAUAUCUAAAUUUAUAAAGAAUAAAUUGCAGUGUAAAAAAAUGAAACGGGGGACAUUGGUUGAUGUUAGUGAUUUGUUCAAUGGGUGCAUGUUUUGGUUUGUGUUAUAUAAUUGAUUUGUUGUGAGUGUAUUUGGUGUGGAGAUUGUGUAGCUGUUGCCAUGGCGUUUGUUUUGGUGACUUAUUUGGCUAUGAGAGAUGUUCAUUGUUAUGGUUUUGGUAGUUUAUCCUUGAAUAACGAACCAUUUCUUAUAUUGAUCUUGGUGUCAUUAAUUACCUCUAGACUAAAUGAAGCUAUUGAGCUACUUAUGCAAUUAGCAGUAGGUAACAGUUGAAUAAUACAUAUAAUGCAUUCCUAUAGCAUUUAAAAUUUAACAACAAUUAAAAAAAAUUUUUUUAUAGAUAAAAUAAAUUAAUGGGAACUAGUAAAACUUUUCUACUGUUUUGUAUAUCUACUUGUGCAAAUGGGAUCUCAUUGAUGUUUUGAUGAGUGAAAAGCAAUGGUGAUACUGGUUGAAAUAAGACAGUAAAUUUUACUUAUAGUGUAAUGACUAAGAGAUAAAGUUAACAUCUGUUUAUUACACUCGAUUAAAAUACAGAAUUCACCAACAAGAAUAAAAAAUUGAUAGUAAAAUGUAGAAGAAAAACUAUCUGUAUAAAUAAUCACAUCAGUAUCUUCAUAAUAAACCACAUCAGUAUCUUUAUAAUCAAUCAUAUAAAUAUAUGUAUAAUAAACCACAUCAUUAGCUUUAUAAUU